AUGGCAAUUGAUGGGAGUUUCAGUCUUGAAUCCGCGCUCGAGAGGUUUCUUUCCCGGUGUCCCAAGCUUGGGUGUUUACCGCGUUUUAGUUCACUCGCUAAAAAGGGAAGUGACCUGACAGAAGAAGAAGUGGUAAAUUCAGUGGUAGAGUUGUCUUUGCACCCACAUUACACAAUACCUUUGAUGGGGUGUUUCCGACCAAUAGCACGGAAGAUUGUGGAUAAAGCUGUGGCUUUGCUCCGUCUGGUACCUGAUCUGAGGUUGAAUUCAGAUGGCCAAAUGGAAGAUUCAGGGCAUUUUGUUGAUGUUAUCCAGUUUCAUGUUCAAAGUGAGGGAUUGAAUCUUCAUGAGCUUGCUUGCUUGGCUUUCUGUCGAGUGCUUGAUUUGGCUCCUUUUUUAUUGGGGUCUGUAUUAAAUUAUUUUAAAUUUGCUCCACCACCUUUUGAACGGUUUUUGAUAAAAAUAAUAGCUCCUGAGUUUUCUGUAAAGGUUGUAAGUCCUUGCUUGAAUGCUAUUAGGACAUCUUAUCGCCUCCUCGUCAUUGAACCUGAGAUUUUUUCUAAACUUUGGGAUUGGUCCUUUGUGGACCUUGUUGAGAUAUAUAGAAACCCUAACUGGAGCAGUGAUGCCGAAUUGAAGAAGGAUAUUGCAGAUAUUAGAUGGUGUGGAGUUCAGAUACUUUCUCUAACUUUGGGAAUGAGUGACAGAGCAAUUUCAAACUUUGGUGUUGAAGCUGAAGAAGCAUUUUUAUGUUUAUUGCGGUGGGAGGAGUUUCGUCGUGAUACAUCAUUAGAGCUGGCUGUGUAUGUCAAAUCACCGAACAGUAAUAAGUUGGAUUCUAGUACUGGUGACUUUAGUUUUAAUCAAGAAAACUGUUUGCAGUGUUUUGGCCUUAAUUCACUACCCUCAACACAGUUUCAUGAAAUUGAGCCAUCAACCAGGCGUCAAAGAUUGGGGACAUGGGGUAAUAAAUUGGACGGGAAUCCAUUUGUCUUGACAUCUACUGUGAAGAGAAGUUUUGAGAUUUUAUUGUUGGGAGUAAGUCAAAAGUGGCCUGUUCUUCUGUAUGGUCCUGCUGGUUCUGGAAAAUCUGCCCUUAUUAAUAAGUUGGCGUGUGAAAGUGGUAACCAAGUUUUAUCAAUUCACAUGGACGAUCAAAUUGAUGGCAAAACAUUAAUUGGAAGUUAUGUUUGUACUGAGCAACCUGGUGAAUUUAGAUGGCAACCUGGCUCUCUCACCCAGGCUAUUCUAAAUGGGUAUUGGGUUGUUUUUGAGGAUAUUGAUAAAGCUCCAUCAGAUGUGCAAACCAUUUUGUUACCUUUAUUGGAAGGUGCAAGCUCAUUCAUAACUGGCCAUGGGGAGGAAAUAAGGGUCUCCGAAAGUUUUCAACUAUUUUCUACCAUUUCAACUUACAAGCUUGAUGUUUCUCAUGGUACUGAAGGUGGGAAUUCACUUGGUAAUGUCUGGAGGAGAGUGAUGAUUAUGCCACCAAGUAAUGAUGACUUGCAAAAUAUAGUGAAAGCAUGGUAUCCAACUCUGGAGUCCCUUGCUGAUAGACUUGUAGAAACUUUCGAAAGAGUUAACUCUUACCCACCACACCAAGUUGCUUCUCUCAAUAGGUUCUCAUUAAGGGAUCUUCUCAAAUGGUGCAAAAGAAUUGCAGGUUUUGAUUUUAGCUCAAGGCUAAAUGGUUUGACACCUUAUGAGUGUCAAUUCAUCUAUCAAGAGGCUGUCGAUAUAUUUGCAUCUUUUUCAACAUCAGCUGCAAACCGUUUGACUGUGAUGAAAGAACUCGCGAAAAUGUGGGCAAUUCCCAUUUCAUUGGCUGAAACCUUAUACCUUCCCAUGAACCUGCUGUUCAGGUAUCUAAUCCUAGAAUUAAGAAUUGGGCGAGUCACUCUUCAAUGCAGUGAAACUUUACAUGACCAGAGUAGACAAUUUGUUAACAUUCGAAGUUCUUUGUGUGCACUUGAGAAGAUAGCUUGCUCUGUUAGGCACAAUGAGCCUGUUUUGUUGGUUGGUGAAACUGGUACUGGGAAGACUACACUAGUACAGAAUUUGGCGGCAAUGCUUGGUCAAAGACUUACUGUUUUGAACUUGAGCCAACAGAGUGAUGUUGCUGAUUUAUUAGGAGGAUUUAAGCCUAUUGAUGCAAGAUUCAUUGCACUCCCUUAUAAAGAGUUCGAGUAUCUGUUUUCUAAGACAUUUUCCCAGACGGGAAAUGAAACAAUUUUUACCCAUUUGCAAAAGAUCUUGAGGGAUAAGGAUUGGAGAAAAUUAUUAAAAGGCCUUCGAAAGUAUGUUGAUGAGUACCAAAAGAAGGUAAAAAAGCGGAAGAAACCUUAUGAGCAGUGGGAGAAUUUUUCUAUGAAACUUGAAACAGCUGGCAGACAAAUUGCUGCAUCUGGAAUGGUAUUUUCAUUUGUUGAAGGAGCUUUUGUAAGUGCACUUAGAAAAGGUGAGUGGAUUUUGCUCGAUGAGGUGAAUUUGGCUCCGCCAGAGACUUUGCAGAGAAUUGUUGGUGUUCUUGAAGGAGAAAGUGGUUCACUAUGUUUAGCUGAAAGGGGGGAUGUCAGUCAUAUAUGUAGACAUCCUAAUUUUCGUAUAUUCGCUUGUAUGAACCCUGCAACUGAUGCUGGGAAGCAUGACCUGCCUUAUGCUAUACGUAGUAGAUUUACAGAAUUCUUUAUUGAUGACAUAUUAGAUGACAAAGACUUAGAACUAUUUAUUGAGAGAUUGGGUGAAAGCUGGUCAAGUAGAGAAUUAGUGGAAAAAAUUAGAUUUUUCUACAAAGCAGCAAAGAAAGAAUCAGAAGAAAAGCUGCAGGAUGGGGCUAAUCAGAAACCACAAUACAGCUUAAGGUCUCUAUAUCGUGCUCUGGAAUUUACGAGGAAGGCAGAGAAAAAAUUUGGUUUUCAGAAAGCACUUUACGAUGGGUUCUGCAUGUUUUUCCUCACUUUGUUGGAUGGACCCAGUGCGAAGAUUAUGAAACAGAUGAUUGAUUAUGUGGUCGGGAAAAUUACACCUCCACCUGUACCUUUUGAUACUUACUUGGUAGUUAAUAGAGAAACCUCAGUGUCAGAUGAAUUCUUGAAGAACUAUGUUCUUACAAAAAGUGUCAAAGGGCAUCUUAGCAAUCUGGCAUGUGCAAUCUUUAUUAAAAGAUAUCCGAUUCUCUUACAGGGGCCAACAUCUAGUGGGAAAACUAGUCUUGUGCAAUAUCUUGCUGCUAUAACUGGCCAUGAGUUUGUGCGUAUAAAUAAUCAUGAGCACACUGAUUUGCAGGAAUAUUUAGGUUCUUACAUUACUGAUUCUUCUGGAAAGCUUGUAUUUCAUGAAGGAGUAUUGGUUAAGGCUGUCAGGAAUGGUCAUUGGAUUGUCCUAGACGAGCUGAACUUAGCUCCAUCUGAUGUGCUGGAAGCAUUGAACCGUUUGCUAGAUGACAAUAGAGAACUCUUUGUGCCUGAACUCUGUGAAACUAUAAAGGCACAUCCAGAUUUUUUGCUUUUUGCAACCCAAAACCCACCUACUUUCUAUGGUGGCCGUAAAAUGCUUUCUCGAGCUUUCCGCAACCGAUUUGUUGAGAUUCAUGUUGAUGAAAUCCCUGAAAAUGAAUUGAGCACAAUAUUAGAAAAGAGGUGUGAAAUCCCUGAAAGCUAUGCUAAGAAGAUGGUUGAAGUCAUGAAAGACUUGCAGUUGCAAAGGCAAAGUAGCAAGGUAUUUGCUGGAAAACAUGGAUUCAUAACUCCACGCGACUUGUUUAGGUGGGCUAAUCGUUUUAAGGCUUUUGGAAAGUCUUAUGAAGAUUUGGCUAGGGAUGGUUAUUAUCUUCUUGCAGAAAGACUACGUAAUGAUGAUGAGAAAUGUGUGGUUCAAGAAGUUUUAGAGAAACAUCUUCGUGUAAGACUUGUGAAAGAAGACUUGUACCAAAGGUAUUUUGCUGGAAGUGACUCAAUUUCGGAGAAUCUUGGAAAUGUUAUCUGGACAAGAAGUAUGUGGAGAUUGUACUUUCUUGUAAAGCGUUGCUAUGAGUUACAUGAACCUGUGCUGCUUGUUGGUGAAACCGGUGGUGGAAAGACAACAGUCUGUCAGUUGCUGAGUUUGGCAUUGGGGUCUGAAUUACAUAUUUUGAAUUGCCACCAGUACACCGAAACAUCUGAUUUUAUUGGGGGUUUCUAUCCUGUUCGGGAUAGAUCAAGACUGAUGUCUGAAUUCAACAAUCUAAUUGAACAGUUGAGGAUGUCAAAGGCUUUAAUCGAGUAUACAGGGAACUCAACCAUUUCUUCCGACAUCAGUCAGGCUUCUUCUACUUUAAAUAAGUUGACUACAAUAAUGAAAUGGUAUAGAGAAAGUCAGGUCCCAAGUGCUACAGUGAGUCUUGAAGGUCUUGAAGAGCUGAUAUCAGACCUCACUCAGCUGUACCAGAGGUGGCAGACUGUCUUCAUGUGGCAUGAUGGUCCUCUUGUUCGAGCAAUGAAGGAGGGUAGUCUGUUUCUUGUGGAUGAAAUUUCUUUGGCUGAUGAUAGUGUAUUGGAAAGAUUGAACAGUGUGUUGGAGCCAGAAAGAAAAUUGUCAUUGGCUGAGAAAGGAGGGCCUGUUCUGGAAAAUGUUACUGCUAAAAAAAAUUUCUUUGUUUUGGCAACGAUGAAUCCUGGUGGUGAUUAUGGUAAGAAGGAAUUAUCUCCAGCACUCCGUAAUCGGUUCACUGAGAUAUGGGUUCCUCCUGUUAGGGAUGUAGAUGAGCUGAAAAACAUUGCUCUACAAAGAGCUGCCAACCCAGGACUUUCACUAUUGGUGGAUCCUAUGCUAAGUUUCUGGGCGUGGUUCCACCAAUUACAAUCAGGAAGGGCACUUACUGUGAGAGAUCUUUUGUCUUGGAUAUCCUUCGUUAAUGUGACAGAGACAAGUCUGGGGCCUGCUUAUGCAUUUCUACAUGGAGCUUUCCUCAUUUUGCUUGAUGGAUUGAGUUUAGGCACUGGAAUUUCUAAAAGUGAUGCUGGCAAGUUGAGAAAUAGAUGCUUGUCUUUUCUUUUGGAACAGCUAAAGGUGGAAGAUAACAAUGCGCUUUCAGCUAAAUUGUCAACUAUGGAAACUUAUGGUUGGGGUGAUAUUGGUACAAGUGUUGAUAAAUCACACAGUGACGAUAUGCAAUGUGACAAUGUCUUUGGGAUUGAUCCCUUUUACAUUGAAAAAGGUCAUGAAAAUGCUGAGAUUGGAGGUUUUGAAUUUUUAGCACCUACUACGCGUAGAAAUGCAUUGCGGGUAUUGCGAGCUAUGCAAAUUUCGAAGCCUGUUUUACUUGAAGGCAGUCCAGGUGUUGGGAAAACAAGUCUAAUUGUUGCUUUGGGCAAAUAUUCUGGGCAUAAAGUUGUACGCAUAAACCUAUCUGAGCAGACUGACAUAAUGGAUUUGUUGGGGUCAGACUUGCCUGUUGAGAGUGAUGAAGGAAUGAAAUUUGCAUGGUCUGAUGGAAUCUUACUGCAGGCUAUAAAGGAGGGUUGUUGGGUGUUGCUAGAUGAGCUUAAUCUUGCUCCACAAUCUGUCUUAGAGGGUUUGAAUGCUAUUUUGGAUCAUCGUGGUGAGGUCUUCAUUCCAGAGCUAGGUCUUACUUUUAGGUGUCCACAGUCAUUCAGAGUUUUUGCAUGUCAAAAUCCUUCUUAUCAGGGUGGUGGUAGAAAAGGCCUCCCAAGGUCCUUUCUCAAUCGUUUCACUAAGGUAUAUGUGGAUGAGUUGGUGGAGGAGGACUAUGUUUUCAUCUGUAGUUCACUAUAUCCAUCAAUCCCAAGGUCUGUGCUUUCAAAGCUGAUUUUAUUCAAUAAGCGGUUAUAUGAAGAGACCAUGGUAUAUCGCAAUUUUGCUCAGGAUGGGUCACCCUGGGAGUUUAAUCUUCGUGAUGUGAUUAGGUCGUGUCAGAUUAUACAAGGUGCACCUCAAAAGAUGGAAGCCAAUUUCUUUCUGGAUAUACUCUACGUUCAAAGAAUGCGCACUGCUGGUGACCGUAGAGAAGUUCUUCGGUUGUAUGAAGAUGUAUUUGGGAUGAAGCCAUUUAUAAAUCCUUAUCCAAGAGUGCAGCUCAAUGCUAGAGACUUAAUUGUGGGGAACACAACUAUUAGAAGAAAUUAUAAUCAGUUGUCUAAAGUUUCUUGUAGUCAGCUGAAAAUUCUGCCAGGUAUUCGUCACAGCUUGCAAGCUGCUGCACAUUGUGUAAAACAGCAAUGGUUAUGCAUUCUGGUUGGCCCACCAUCUUCUGGAAAGACUUCAUUGAUAAGAAUGCUAGCUCAGCUAACAGGAAAUGUACUAAAUGAAUUAAAUCUCUCUUCUGCAACUGACAUAUCUGAAUUACUUGGAUGCUUUGAGCAAUACAACGCCUUACGCAAUUUUCGAAUGGUUGUUGCUCAAGUUGAGCGGUAUGUUAAUGAAUAUUGCAGUUUGCAACUGGAGUCCUCAGUGAAUGCAAUUGUUAGUCAAAAAAAGGAUUUAAUCUCUCGGUGGCUUGCUUUCUUAUCUUGUGUGGAUUUUACUCUCAUGUCGAGUUCACCUUCCACAUAUAUGGAGACUUGGAAGAGAAUUGGAAACUCUCUUUGUUUAUUGGUUGAGAUUGUUGAAAAACUGAGAUUGGAACUUGAGAAUAAUGUUUUAUCUCUUUCUUGGUCAAGUAAAGACCUGGAUAGUGCAAUGAAGACAAUAUUGAAGCUGCAAGAUAAGCAGCCGAUGUCAUAUUCUGCUAAAUUUGAAUGGGUUACAGGGUUACUGAUAAAGGCCAUGGAAAAUGGAGAAUGGAUAGUUCUAGAGAAUGCAAAUCUUUGUAAUCCAACGGUUCUUGAUAGAAUCAACUCUUUGGUGGAGCCCAGUGGUUCUAUUACAAUCAAUGAGUGUGGGACUGUUGAUGGAAAACCGGUGGUUCUCCAUCCGCACCCCAAUUUUCAAAUGUUUCUCACAAUUAAUCCAAGCCAUGGUGAACUGUCCAGGGCAAUGCGAAAUAGAGGUGUUGAGAUAUAUAUGAUGCCUCCAUAUUGGCUAUUUGAUGAAGAAAAAGGCUUCACCUUUGAGGAUAGUGAGCUGAAUGAUGCAAAGAAAUUUGUUGCUCUUUCCGGUAUUCCUUCUACCAAGUUGGUUGAGUCAAUGGCUAAAGCGCAUGUCUAUGCUAUUCUUAAAGGUUUGCAAUUUAAUAAACGGAUCACAAAUCUAGAGUUAGCACGGUGGGUUCAAUUAUUUCAGCAGCUUAUUGUGAAUGGCAAUCAGGCUCUGUGGAGCCUCCAAAUAAGUUGGGAGCAUACUUAUCUUUCUUCUUUAGGUGAGGCUGAAAGAGAAAAUAUAAUUAGCCAUGCCAAGAACACAUUUUUGUCAAUCAUUGAAUUGUCUGAAACUGAUUCAUCAUUGGGAUGUUCUUUGUGUUUGCCUGGAGGAUGGCCAAUGCCUUUGAAUUUAAGAGACUUGGUAUGGUAUUCAAAAGAGGCAUCUGUCAAACAGAACUGUAUGUAUUUGGAGUUCCUGGGGGCUCAGUAUGCAUCUUGUGAAGUACAAAAUCAUUGGAAUGAUAGUUCUUUGGAUCAAGCUUUGUCUUCCAGUGACAGUGCAGUGACAUACUUGAUAAACAUGAAGAAUCUUCAGGGGAUGUUUCCUAUGGUUUCAAAUGGGACAAUGUCCAGUGGUGGGAAGAUAGGAUUUAACUCAAAUUUGGUUAACAAAAUGUUGUUAUUUGCUGCGAACUGGGCUAUUGAACAAGCGACAGAAAGUGACUUUCCGUUGCAUAUUAUCUGGUUUAGCUGGUUUAAUUCUCAAUUGAAGCCCUUGCCCAUUUUCAAUUUUUUCCUGGCUUCACUCCAGAAGGAGCUGGAGGAUCAAAUCUGGAAAGAUAUAUUUCACUUCCACAAGGAGCUUACAUCAGAUCAUCUAGUCAAUUUAGGUUCUCAUCCACUUCCAGUGCUUUCAAUGGAGCUAGUUGAAUUAACCGCAUCAAGUGAUAUGUCAAAGGUGCAGAGUAACAUCCAUAACGCAAUUAACUGUGUUGACCUUCUGAGGCUUAGUUAUCAGCAGUGGAACGCAGAGAGUGAGCAUGACUACACUGAUGAAACUUGUUAUUUCCAACCAUUUUUGAAAUCUCUAAGAAAUUUGGAGAACUCAGUCCUGAAAACGGUUGUCAAUUCUCCUUCAUUUGAUAAGCUGAUACAAUUUUACACUGAUCUUCUUGAAAAUCACAUACUAUUUUGGAGUGGUGUUACCUCAUCUCAGGUUGAUUGUUUGCUGAUUUCUUGGCGAUCUUUGAUGAAGAAUGUUACCAAGUUGCACAACUUUUGUCCGAGAGAAGUUGACAUUGUCCUGAUGGAGGGCAAGAACCUGGGUAAAUUUUCUUCUUGGCAUUUUCAAUCACAAAGGUCUUUACUAUGGGUUCAUGGUGGUCAUCCAUUUUUGCCUCGGUCUUCUAAGUUAUAUCAUCAACAGCAUCAGCUUUUAAGUUUCUGUGAACUUUUGUGGAAAAAGCAAGAAGAUAUUGCAACAUUGAGUGACCGUCUUGAUGUUGUUGCUUCUUCCGAUCCUGAACUCCGCUUAUUGGCAUUGCAAGGUGUGAGUAUGUCAUCACAUAUAGCAUGCAAAUCUGAUGAGUAUGAUGAAAAUAUUGCCCAAAAGUUGGAGGAGAUUUAUCAGAUGCUUGUAAAGAGGUUUGAAUAUGAAAAACGCAAACUAGGGGAACAAUUGGGACCUGAGCGUGCGACACUUGAUGCAAGUGUAAUUUCUUGCUGUCUUUUUGAACCUGAAAUAUUGCAUCAGAAGCUUGGCUUUGACAGUUGGUUGGAGUCGCUUCCUAUAAAUGAUAGCUCAAGCUGGUUCCUGGAUUUAAAUUUACUUGAAGAGUUAUCACAGAUCCCUAUAGUUGAUCACAAAGAAAUGCAGCUAGAACUGGGUAAUGUAUCUGGUCUUCUGGAGUCUGCUUUGAAAUAUUCAUUGACUUGUUCAAGAAGACCACCUCAAGCUUUUGUACCGCAUCAAAAACUCCUGUGGAUGCUAGAUGCUUGGACAUUAGUGGAUGCAGUGAAUGUGAAAGUUGCCAGUUUUGUUCUUGAGAUGUGGUUUUGGUGGCAUUCAUUUUUGUGGAGUUAUAAUCCUGCUGCAUUCAUGAACUUUGCAAAAAUCGGCAAACAUGAUCUUCCUCUUCCUGCUCCGCUUGUCCAGCCAGUGAAAACAGCGGUUGUCUCUCAGAUUCUGCAAAGCAUAUUUGCCAUCAAAGAUUAUACUGUGUACUCCUUGAAGCUCAAAGUGGCUUCUCGAAAUCUCUGGCAAAGUCCUCCACAUAAAAAAAAAUUAACUACUUCUCUCUUAUCUGUUGCUUGUUCGCUUUUCCAUCAGAUUGUAUACGCACACAAAAAUUCAUUUGAUACUGAUGCAUUUGCUGAAAUCAACUCCAUGCUUUGUGCCUUUGAGAAGAACACUGUUACGCAAGAUAAAAUUUAUCAAUUGAGCUCACUUAUUGCAUCUUCAAGCCAUCAAAGGUUGAAGUCUUCGGUGCGAUUGUUUAUUGAGCCACUGCUUAGAGAACUCUUUCUACACUGCUUUUCCACUGGUGAUGCUUUCCACUCCAAUCUUGGUUAUGCAUGGUUAAGGAUUGGGGCAUUACGUUUUCAUCUCUUGAUCGGUUGUGAUGUUUUGGAUCCUGCCAUGAAAUACUCUUGGAAGUGUUCACAGCUGGAAGAGAAGAUAUCAUUGCUUAAACUUGAAAUUAAGGUACGACAAGAAUGUGAGUAUCUAGCUGGUUGGUCAUCUUCAAGAGCAGCUGAUAAAAAAAGAGCAGUUGCACUACAAAAGCUUGAAGCUGAGUAUAAGAGACUACAAAGAAAGAUUGUAUAUCGCCCCGAUCCUUUGAAGUUCAAGGCAUUGAAAAAAGAAUGUGACGAGUUUCUUGAACUUGUUAAUUCCUCCAUGAAUUUGGUGCAUAAUAUUGCAGUCAUGGACCUUCAACAGGCUAUUGAGCAAGUGUGCAACUGGCAGGAAACUGCAUCCUGUUUUAUCAACCGACUGUCAGAGGAUUAUGCUGAGUUUGUAGAUAUAGCUCAACCGGUUCAAGUUGCAAUUUAUGAAAUGAAAUUGGGUUUUUCUGUUGUGAUGUCAAGCACCUUGCAAAAUGCAUUUCUGGACAGCAUCAAGGAGGACAGUAUGGAUAGAAUUUUGGACUUGGUUUAUUCAUUUAUGAGAUUUCCUAGAGGCUAUGGAUUUGAUUCAGUAACAGUGAACCUCAAAAACAGGGUGCCUGAGUAUUAUUUCUUUGACGUAGAUUCUUCUUCAAACCUCUUUGCAAUAGAUAUAAGUUUGCUGGAGAAGUUGGUCACUUCUUCAAGGGAUGUCAAUACUGCAAGAGAGGGUUCUGUCUUACAGCUUAGAGCUUCUGUUCAUCAUAAUGCUCUUAUUCGUAUUGCAUACUUUGUAGCUAAUUCUCAACUUAUGGAUAAGGCCUCUUUCAUGUUGUUGGAUAAAAUUUUCUGUGAGUUUGCAAGCAUUUGGAUGAACAUGAAAGUCCAAGUAAAAACCAGGGAAGAUCAUGAUUCUCAACAAUACAAAUUCAGAACUCGUGCCUUUACAAUUGAUAGAGUUUUUGAAGUUGAUAAAUCAACACUACGCAAGUUGUUUGCAAAUGAAACUUUUUCAGAAUGGCAGGAGCUUCUUACUGGAGAAGAAUUGACUGAAAAGGUGGAAGCUGAUGAUGAAUUUGAAAGUUUGGAGGAUGAAUGGAACCUUAUGCAAGAAUCUAUCCUGAACAACAUCGUCCAAACACACAAUCAAUUGUUUGGAUCUGCUGAUCUUGUCUUGAGACCUGGGACAUUCAAAAUAUCUGAUGCAGACAGAUUGUAUUCUUUCACGAGCUCUUAUGCAUUGGGAGUUGAAGUGCUGAAAGGUUUAGGGGCUCUAAGUUCUUCCAAUUUAGAUGCCAAACUUUCCCCUGAGCAUUUAUUGCGCCUUUGCUUGGAGCACGAGCAGAUAUUUGUUUCAUCAAAUCCCUUAGCUUGCAAAUACAAUUUUUACAAGGAGUCAAAUGUUCCUGUGAUGACAAAAAUGGUAAAAUUACUUACAUCUCUUCAACAACGGGUUCUUACACUUCUGAGCGAAUGGGAAGAUCACCCAGGUCUGCAGAAGAUCUUGGAUGUUGUUCAAACGCUGUUGGCUAUUCCUAUCACAACUCCUCUUGCAAAGGCUCUCUCAGGAUUGCAAAUCCUGCUUAAUAGGACUCAGAUAUUACUGGAAAGUGGCACAAAAUUUCCUCUUUCUGAGCUGAUGGAACCCAUAGCUGCCCUGGUAUGUUCAUGGCAAAAGAUGGAGUUUGAGUCUUGGCCUGCAUUGCUUGAUGAAGUGCAAGAUCAAUGCGAGAGUAAUGCUGGGAAGUUAUGGUUUCCACUAUUUUCUGUUCUUCAUAAACAGCCCCCCACUGAUGCUGCUGGAUAUGAUCAAUCUACAGUCCAAAGUUUGGAGGAGUUCAUUCAAACGUCCAGCAUUGGCGAAUUUAGAAAACGCCUCCAACUUCUUUUUGCUUUUCUUGGUCAAUUCAUGAUUGGUAGAUUGGGAACUUAUUCCAGUCCAUGGCAGGAGGAAAAGCAGAAGAUCUUAUACAAUUUAUUUGGGUUCUAUGUCCAAUUCUUGCCAGUAAUAAUGGAACAUAUUGGGGCUAGUCGAAAAAAAAUUGAGAAAGAGGUGAAAGGGCUUUUGAAGUUGUGCCGGUGGGAGCGUUUUAUGCUUGUUGAUAAUUUGAAAAGGGUCCGACAGAAGCUCCGAAAAAUAGUGCAGAAGUAUUCUGAACUGCUGCAACAGCCUGUGAUGCUUAUCCUUAAUCUACAAUCACCACAAAAAGGUUUGAAAGCUCUGUCAGUGCAAGGUCCAAAGGCCCCUGGUGAGAUCUCAGAGGAGAGUCUGGGUUUGUUAAAUGCUAUUUUAGAUCUAUCACAUUUCAAUGAUGAAAAGAGAUCUCCCUGGUACAACAAUUGGAGGAAAAAAGUGUGUGAUACAUUACAAAAUUUGGUCCUUGAGGGGACACCAGAGUUAUGCUUCCUUGAUGCUCAAGGAGUUGCAGAUAGCAUUAAACAAUGGUUGGCAUCCCAGUCAGAGAACCAAUUAUACCUGGAAGAGUGGAAGGAUUUAUGGCAAACACUUGAAGUUAUAUGUAAAACCACAAUGGAUUGUGGUAAUCUGUGGAAGGAUGCAAACAAAAGUUUGGGGAAGAGGAGGGCUUUCUCUGAACUUCUAAAACUGUUGGAAAACAGUGGGUUGCACAAGCACAAGUUUGAGAUUAUGAGGAUAUCCAAUCAGUCGAAUUGGUUGUUCCUUCAGCCUUGUUAUGACUUGGAGCAUCUGCUGCUGGCUGAUAACAGACUGUCUCUAGCUUCUGGAGAAUUUCAGUGUUCUCCUAGUGGAGCACUGGAUCCUGAAUGGAAAGCCAUAAAUGAAUUCUACUUUAAGAGCUUGGCAUCUGUGCAGCUUUUGCAGCAUAUUUGCCUGAAACACCAUGAAGAUUUUACAUCUGAGCAGAUUUGUAGGUCAAUCUCUUUUCUGAACCAUCUCAUAGUUAUACAACAGAUGCAACGAGAUGCUGCCUAUGCUUUUUCUAAGAAUUUAGUGCUAUUACGUGAAUGUACAUCUGGUUUUGGAAGUUUGUAUUCUAAGGGCCCUGAUUUAAACAAGAGGAUUGGCAAUGAGUACGCUUUUGCACAAAGCCAACGCGACACAAUCAAGUGCAUUUGGCAACAGAAACAAUUGUUUGAUAGUUUGCAUUCCAUGCUGGUUGAAGAAUCACUCUUACUGAGAAAAGUAGAGAGCACUCAUUUAAAUAAUUGUCAAAGUGUCAGAGCUACAGCACAUAAUGUUCUUUCUUUCAUUGAAAACUUUAUUCCUAUCAUCCAGAAAUCCAAGGAAUUAUUGGAUAACUAUCUUCUUGGCCCCAGUGGAGCUAUAACUCUCGUGCCUAGAUCCUUCCAUCAUUUUGCUAUUUCAAAGCAAACAGAACAGUUGGUAUUUAAAAACUUCCAGGUUAUUGAUGAAUUUCAGGAGCAUCUAUCUAGUUUCCGUCAGCAAGACUUGGGUAAAAGUUCUGUCAUACAGACCCUUCUCAGUCACUUUGACGAUUUGUUAAAGAAGCUGAAAUUUUCAUGUUUUCUUUAAGGGAAAUUGAUUGCUGAACAGUUCAAUUCUGCCCUGGAAGCUCAAAAUCACUCAGGAAAUCCAAGUGAAGAUGCCAGUUAUUGCAAUGGGGAUUAUUCUGAAGUUGAAGCUAAGUUUGGUGAAGCCCUCAAAAGUACACGGGCAAAUAUUAUGGAUGUGUUGCAAAAGCUAAGUUCAUUAAGCAAUGAUCUUGUUCCUUCAGAAAAGUCUUUCGGGAGUGUUACCUCAUGGGAAAGCAUACUUAAGUCAUCUGUAGGAAGUUUGAGUUUGGACAAAUUAAAUGAUCAACUUCUUGAGAUUGUUUCUUGUGCGGAGAAAUUGGUGGAACAUUCUGGCAAGGGAUAUCCUGGUCUCUCUUCCCAUGUUGGAGCACAAUUUUACCAUCUUUAUUUGCUUUUGGACUUAGUCUUGAGCUUUGCUGUCAGCUUCCUGCAGGAUUUCCUUGCAAUGCUCAAAACUGUAUCUGUAAUGACUCAUACACUUGCCAAUGUUUUAUCUUCAUUGUUUUCAAAAGGAUUUGGUAUUUCUGCAAAAGAUCAACAAGAUGAUGAUAGUCAUGAUAAAUCUCAAGAUGCGAGUGGAACAGGUAUGGGGGAGGGUGCAGGACUGAAAGAUGUCAGUGAUCAAAUAACCGAUGAAGAUCAACUCCUUGGGGCUUCAGAAGAGGCAGGUGAAGAGCAAGAUGCAUCAGAUCAAUUACCAAGUAAAGAUGAUAAAGGAAUUGAGAUGGAGCAGGAUUUUGCAGCUGAUACAUUCAGUGUUAGUGAGGAUUCUGGCCAAGAGGAUAAUGAUGAAGAUGGUGAGGAUGAGCAACUGGAGUCUGCAAUGGGUGAAACUGGAGCUGAUAGUGAAGUUAUUGAUGAAAAGCUUUGGAAUAAGGAAGAAGAAGAAGAAGAAAAUCCUAAAACUGAAAAGGAGAAGUGUGAGCCUGGGCCGUCAGUUAAAGAAAACGAUGAAAGUAAUAGACAACUUAGAGCCAAGGAAGAUUCUGCUUCCAUGGCUGAUGAAUUUGGGGAGCUUAAUUCUGAUGUAAAUGAUGGACAAAAGGAUGAGAAUGGAGAUCAGGAUGAUCUUGGCAGCGAUACUGAAAAUAUAGAGGACUUGAAUAUGAACAAGGAAGAAGUCGCUGAACCAACUGAUCUGAAAUUUGAUGAAUCAAAUGAAAAUUUUGAUGAAGAUAUUGACAUGGAUGAAAAAGAUGGCACAGACACCAAUACAGAAGUGGAUCCAGAAGAGCAUGAUGAAUCUACCGAGAAUGGAAACCAUGAGGAGAUGAAUGAGAAUCCUAUUGAUGAAACAAUGGAAGAGGCAGAGAAUGAACAAGCAGGUGGAACUUCUGAAAAGGAUGAUGCAAACAGGGAUUCUGAAGAGAAUAUUGAAACAGAUUUAAUAGCUCCAAGGAAAGACAUGUUUGAAGUGGGAAUGUCUGACUUCAUGCCUAACGCUGAAUCUGCAACUCAACCAAAUGGUGAUUCCCAGUCAUCAAAUUUGAAAUAUGUUGCACAAGAAGCAAAUUUCUUCAAUAACAAUGAAAUCAGCAAUGACAUUGUUCCUCUAUCAAGCUUACCUUCUGGAAGUGCCUCUCAGAUGGAUAUGAUGGUUUCUGGCACAUCUGACAGUGGGAAAGUCACUGAUGAUCAACCAAAAACUCAAUUGCCCAAGCAGAAAUCUUCUCCUGUUCUGAAAACCCAAGCAAACCCGUACAGAAAUGCUGGUGAUGCACUUGAGGAAUGGAAGGAAAGGGUAAAUGUGUCUGUUGAUCUUCAGACAGAUAACAAAGAGACACAGGGUGAUGUUGAGGAUGAGAAUGCAGACGAGUAUGGAUAUGUUUCUGAAUUAGACAAGGGAACUGCUCAGGCUUUAGGUCCAGCUACAUCUGAGCAGAUUGACAUGAACGUUGAUGGCAAUGAACCUGAUUCAGAUAAUCUUGCAGCACAUAAAGAGGAUGCAACUGAGCUGGAGUCUGAAAAGAAAAUUCCUGAGACAAUCACUACCGAGCAUCAUUCCACAAUCCUCAGAAGUAAGACAGAGGAGCAAAUACAAAUCUCAGACUUAGGGAAGUCGCCCAUGGAGGGAUCCCCAGAAGCUCGUGGAGAUGUUGAUGGUGAUCCAGAAAGUCAGUCUGAGAGUCUGGUCUCUAUGAAGAAGUCAUACUUGAGUGAGGAUCUAUAUCAGCUCAGUAGACUAUCUGUAAAUGACGACAAGAUGGGGAAAGCCCUAGAACUUGAUGAGGUUUCUGAUGAUAUGAAAAAUAAUGCUAGUGCUCUUUGGAGAAGAUAUGAACUUCGAACUACAAGGUUGUCUCAGGAGUUAGCUGAACAGUUGCGUCUCAUUAUGGAACCCACUCUAGCCAGCAAGCUCCAAGGUGAUUAUAAGACUGGGAAAAGGAUUAACAUGAAAAAGGUAAUUCCCUACAUAGCGAGUCACUACCGGAAGGAUAAAAUAUGGUUAAGACGAACCAGGCCAAACAAACGUGAUUACCAAGUUGUUAUUGCUGUGGAUGAUUCCCGUAGCAUGUCUGAGAGUGGAUGCGGGGAUGUUGCAAUUGAAGCCUUAGUGACUGUGUGUCGAGCCAUGUCUCAACUGGAAAUGGGAAACUUAUCUGUUGUGAGCUUUGGAAAGAAGGGCAAUAUUAGGUCGCUGCAUGAUUUUGAUCAGCCGUUCACUGGGGUUGCUGGCAUCAAGAUGAUAUCAGGUCUGACAUUCAAGCAAGAGAAUACCAUUGCAGAUGAACCAGUUGUUGAUCUAUUGAAGUACUUGAACAACAUGCUUGAUACUGCAGUUGCAAAAGCACGAUUACCUUCUGGACAGAACCCACUACAGCAACUUGUUUUAAUUAUUGGAGAUGGGUUCCAUGAGAAGGAGAACUUGAAGCGCUGGGUCAGAGAUCUAUUAGUAAGGAGGCGAAUGGUCGCGUUUCUGCUCAUGGAUAGUCCAAAAGAAUCAAUAAUUGACCUCCAGGAAUUAUCAUUUCGAGGUAAAGAGAUCAAGGUUUCAAAGUAUCUAGAUUCUUUUCCCUUCCCAUAUUACAUCGUCUUGAGAAACAUUGAAGCCCUGCCUAGAACUCUUGCGGAUUUACUGAGACAGUGGUUUGAGCUUAUGCAGAAUACAAGAGAAUAACAUAAUUUUGAGGCUUGGCAUGAGUUGUCUUCACCUUUUCCUUCCAAGAGCACAAUGGAAUAUUCAUUCUCGACUUUGAAGAGUGGACUCAGAUAGAAGAAAGUAAAUUUCUUUGUGCAAGCCUACGUCGGAAUAUAGUAGCUAAAAAAAUGUAAGUCCAUCAAGCUCUAGAGUCAGAAAGUGGGAUAAUGUUGUACAGAAAAAUGUUGUAUUAUAGCUCUCAAAUUUUGUUUUGAGAAUUGAGUAUAAUUUUAUUGGCCAUAUUUUACGGCUCUUAUGAUGACAUUUUCUGUUAGUUAUUACUGUUUAGGAGUGUAUCAACUUUGAUAAAUGAAUUAACUGCUGAUUUGAUUUA